ACGGUGGGGGCGACGGCCGCGGUGACGCUGCUGCGCCGGGCGGGUGGCGGCGCGUGAGGCGCGAUUCCCCGUGUCUUGGGAGCAGUGUCCCGGCCCCCGCCGCUCCCGCCGCCGCCAUGUCGGGCCGGUCAGUGCGGGCCGAGACCCGCAGCCGGGCCAAGGACGACAUCAAGAAAGUGAUGGCGGCCAUCGAGAAAGUGCGGAAAUGGGAGAAAAAAUGGGUGACCGUAGGCGACACGUCCCUUAGGAUAUUUAAGUGGGUUCCUGUGACAGACAGCAAGGAGAAAGAAAAGUCAAAAUCGAACAGUUCAGCAGCCCGGGAACCUAAUGGCUUUCCCUCUGAUGCCUCAGCCAAUUCCUCUCUCCUUCUUGAAUUCCAGGAUGAAAACAGCAACCAGAGUUCUGUGUCUGAUGUCUAUCAACUCAAGGUGGACAGCAGCACCAACUCGAGCCCUAGCCCCCAGCAGAGCGAGUCGCUGAGCCCAGCGCACACCUCUGACUUCCGCACAGAUGACUCCCAGCCUCCCACUCUGGGCCAGGAGAUCCUUGAGGAGCCCUCCCUGCCCGCCUCAGAAGUUGCCGAUGAACCGCCCACCCUCACGAAGGAAGAACCAGUUCCAGUAGAGACACAGAUUGCUGAGGAGGAGGAAGACUCUGGUGCUCCACCCCUGAAACGCUUCUGUGUGGACCAACCUGCAGUGCCGCAGACAGCGUCGGAAAGCUAGCACCACCUUGGCGCCCUCUGCCUCCUGGCCCCUUGCCUCUAUUUAUUGCAUUCUGGUUCUGGCUGUGCUGUGUUGCUGGGUAAGGGCAAGCACUGGGGUCCAGAGCCUGCACACAGGAGCCCUCUGGGCUGGAAGGCUGACAUAGGACCUGGGGUCAUAGCAUCAUCUUCCCAUCCCUGGCACCUGUGUCUGCUUGAUCCUGAGAAGAGGAGCACUCAUGUCCCUUCUGCACCCCAAGUGGGCUGGAGCAUCCAGCACUCCAAGGUGGUUCUGUCACCUCCAGGUAGCAGCCUCUGCUCCAGAACCUCUGGCGUGGGCUGCUGGUGCUUCUUCAAGAGGAAAGAGAUGUGGAAGGCGCCCUCGAGAGAAGAGAGUGCCUGAGGCUUACUUGAACUUGAAUGGAGACUGUAGAGUCGUGGACCUUCCCCUCGGGCUGGGGGCCCUGUAGGCUGCUGUUGGAGGAGGCCUGCCUGCAUGGACGCUGGAGGGAACGAGAAGGCUUUUCUCCACCCGAGGGCAGAAAAGUCCGUAUAGAUUUCUUACUGUCAGGGUGCUUCUGCCCAUUCCUGAGGUUAUUCUGCCUCUCAUGAGCUCUUUGGCUGCUGACAGUCCUUUGUCCCCCACCGUAACCAUCGCCUUCCUCCAGCAAACACACGCACACACAGCUUCCCCCGUUUCCACUGGACAUUUCAUUCCAGCACCUCCUGCCUCCCGCCACCGUCCCCAGCACUCCUGCUACAAACUCCGCCCCAGCAAGAAUUUGAGGUUCUGACAACGGUACCCAUCCCCACAGUAGUCCUUCAGCUCAGACUUUCUAGAAAGCUCCCUUUUCUUUGAAAUCUGCAUGUUUAAUUGAAGCCUGUGAUUUUAUUUUUUGUUUCAAAAAAGUUUAAGAAAAUGGAAAUGGGCAACAGUGAGUGAAGACAUAUUUUAGCACUGAAUAGAAUAUUUUUAAAAUUAAACUAUUUGAAAUAUG